AAUUUGCUGAGAACAAGGGGCAGGCUUUGCAAAGUAUAAAUACUGCGACUUCAAUAGCACAUCCCUAUCUGAUGUGAAACUCUUAGCAGGAAGAAUUGACAAAGAUCUCUAACGAGGGGAGAUUGAGUGGGGUUUUCUAGCUGCUCAGCCCCCUUGAUGUCUUCUGAUUGAGCUUUCAGGGACCCUGGAAGGAAGAUCUGCCAGGUUAUUAUCCGCGGCCAUGGAAGAACUUACUGCUUUUGUGUCCAAGUCGUUUGAUCAGAAGAUAAAGGAGAAAAAAGAGAUGAUCACUUACCGGGAGGUGCUGGAGAGCGGCCCGGCCCGGGGGAAGGAGCAGGGCUGCGGCGGGGAUGGUGUCCGGGAGGACGUGUCCCCAGACAUGAAGGAACGGAAGGAUGAUCUGAAGGUGCUGGAAGAGGAGAGCCAGACUAAAAUCAAGCAAAGACGGAGCCGGACUAAUUUCACUCUGGAGCAGCUAAACGAGCUUGAAAGACUGUUUGAUGAGACUCACUAUCCUGAUGCCUUCAUGAGGGAAGAACUGAGCCAGAGGCUGGGGCUCUCAGAGGCCAGAGUACAGGUCUGGUUUCAAAACCGAAGAGCGAAAUGCAGGAAGCAGGAAAACCAGCUACAUAAAGGGGUCCUUAUCGGAGCAGGCAGCCAAUUUGAAGCUUGUCGUGUAGCACCUUAUGUCAACGUGGGCGCUUUGAGGAUGCCAUUUCAGCAGGUUCAGGCACAGUUGCAACUGGACAGUGCAGUGGCACACGCUCAUCACCACCUCCACCCUCAUCUGACAGCACAUGCUCCGUAUAUGAUGUUCCCUGCUCCACCCUUUGGUCUCCCACUGGCAACACUGGCAGCGGAAACAGCGACGGCUGCGUCAGUAGUGGCCGCAGCUGCAGCAGCCAAAACAUCCAGCAAAAACUCAAGCAUUGCAGACCUCAGACUGAAAGCCAAAAAGCAUGCAGCUGCCCUGGGACUGUGACUAGCGGCCCUCGGGCCCCAAGACUUUGGGGUCUAUAGACAUUAUCCUUAGCUCUUUAUUUAUGGCCUGGAGUCUCAGACUCACCCAACAUCCUCUGCCCUUUACAAGUUUAAAGGAAUCCAAAAAGACCUAAAAACUGUCGAUGAAGCUUCUGCAGUCUUGAAAUUGUAUGCAGCAGAAACCUUUUUUUUAAAAGAAAAAACUGAGACAUUGGUCCACUAAAUGGUAUCACUACCUAUGAAAUACCUUUGAUGUUCUGGGACCAAUAUGGCUACUAAGAAGCUCUAUACAAGGACAGA